AUGAACUAUCAGAGACUGAAUAAUUAUCGGCCAUACCCACCAUCGACCAAUCAACCUAAGACCAAUGGGUAUGGACAACCUACAGCUCAAUCAUCACCAAAUUCCAGUAUGGGGUCUCCAUACAAUGCUAGACCUCCAUAUCCUAUGGGAUCACCGAAUUUACCACAACAAAGACAAUUUACACCCCAAACAAUGGCUUCAAGAGAUUCAUUGAAUGAUAGAACUAUGAUAGCUCAAAAAAUCAAAGAUGACUGUUAUAGUAAGUUCAUCAAGGAUAAUGGGCAAAAUGUUCGAGAGAUCACAUACUUAACUCAUUUAGUGAUCCAAGAAUACUCACAAUUUUCAUCUUCUCCACCACCCAACAACUUACCUCCCAAUCAAAUGGGCAGUGUUAAAGAACGUAUAUUGGUAAUAUGUACCAAGUUUAGUGGGCGAGUGUUGUUACAAAAGGGGAAAUUCAAUGAUCAAAAAGGAGUUUAUCAAAUCGGAAGAACUUGGGAUUUAGAUGAAUUACGUGCAAUUUCAAGAGCUGGAAUGGAUGGUUUCAUUCUUAGUCUCAAUAAAGAUUAUUUCUGGAGAUCCAAUGAAGGUUCAGAAAGGAUCAAUCGAUUCACGAGACAUUUGACUAAGACUUAUGGAUCGUUUACAGGUAAAUAUCCUUUAUUGAAUGGAUUUUCUUUACAGGAAUACGAACUACCCGAAAUUCCUGUGAAAAAAUCAUUCAGUAAUACUAAUGCUUCACAAGAGAUUUUAAACCCCCAACCAGAUGCACAAUUAUUGAAAUCUAAAUCUAUAAAACGAAAGAAUUUACCUAAUCCCAUAUUACCUGUUGAACCUCAAAUGAGGAAAACUUCCCAGUCUUCAUUUACUUUCACACCUAAUCCUGUUCCUGCUCCACCUGUUAAUACGACUAACCCAUCAACUCCUAGCAAACCAAAUGAUUUAUAUAAAGAUAUGGAUUUCACAUCGAAUGGGAAAUUACCGAUGAAACCCAUGAAAGUAUUGGAUAGAUCACCUAAUAUGUCACAAAUAUCUCAAUCAACUUUUGAUGACAUUUCCAGUAAAGAUGCAUUUGAAAGUUCCACACCUCCACCAGUGACUCCUACAAGUCAUCCUUAUAGACAAACCGAAGAAAUCAAUGAUUCUCAAAGUUUCAUAUUUGAUGAACCAGCACCAGUACCUCAACCUCCUCAACCUAACCAAACAAGGAAAGUGUCUGAUCGUCUUGAAGAGAACGCCGCUUUAAGUCGUCAUUUGGAAAAGAGACUAAGCAAACCUAAUAGUGAUUUCGGUAUUGAAGAAGCUUCUGAUAGUGAUGAAGAUAAGAAGACUAUAAAUGAAUCCAUUGAUGAAGUUAGUGAACUUAGCAAUGUUCAAGUUAAGAAGUCACCAACUAGACAAAGAAUCAAUUUUGAUGCCAUUGAUUCUUCAAUUGCCGAAAUUGAAGAUUUUAUGGAUAGUCAAUUGAACUUCGAUAAAGGAGAUGAAGAUAAGGAAGUCAUUGUGAUAGAGUCUGAAGAAUCAGACCGAAGUUUCUCCAUGACGGAAUCAGAAAUUACUAGUGAAAAUACCGAAAUCAAUGAAACUGAAGAUUUAAAUAUUCAAAAGAACGAAGUAGAAAAAGAUGCUGAGAUUGAAGAACUUUUGGAAGAAAUUCAAUGGGGUGUUUUUGAUAGCAGUGAUGAACUCGUUAAGAAGAUGAAUAACGAAUUGAAUAAGAUCAAAUAUAAUAAUGUUAAGGAAUUGAUUAAUUUAGAUUUUAGUGGAAAUUCCAUGAAAAAUGAUCUUACGACCUCAUUAGGUGAAGUUGAAAAUUUAAACCAUAUUUUUAAAAGAAUGGAAAUCGAUUUAAAGAAUUUGACCGGAGAGAUUAACUCCAUUGAAAACAACUCUCAAGGGUUACAAGUAAAGUCCAUUAAUAAGAAAUCAUUAUUCAAUGAUUUGAAAUCGAUUUUAGAUAAAAUUAGUUUGAAUGCCAAUGAUUUAUCGCUAAUUGAAAAUUUCAAAGAAUUUGAAAAUAUCAACAAAGUAGAAAUCUUAGAAGUUCAAGUAGCUAAAUUAUUCAAUGCUUUGGAAACCAUCGAUAAUGAUGGAUUAAACAGAUUGAAUGAGAUGAAUUCUUUAAAACAAUUCAGACUGAACUACCAACAAGUAUCUAACAAGUUCAUCAAACAUUUCAUGAGUUUCAUUAAACAACAAUUCUCCUCAAUUAUCCAUAAAUUAUCAGAUUCAGAUAGAAUUAAUAGUAAAACUAUCAUCAAUGAAUUGAAUAAAUUGAUAGUAUAUUCAUCAUUCACCUAUUUCAUAAAAGAAAUCAGUGGAAAUGAUUUUAAUGAAUUGAAAUUCUUUGUAAAUGAUGUGUUGAGUGAAUUUAUGGAAAAGUUCUUGCAAAGAAGAAUCAAAAACAUUAAAUAUACCACCCCGACUAUUUCUAAUGUUAACACUGAAGGAUUAAAGAAAUCCCGUACUUUAAGAUUAAGAAAGGAUAAAUUAAUAGGCAAAUUGGGAUUCGAUGAUUCUAGGGAAAGAUCUGAAAAAUCUGAAAAACCCGAAUCAACUGAUGAUAGUAAAUUAACUUUUGUUACCUCCAACACUAUUGAAGAUAUCAAAGUUAUCAUUGAAUUGGUUUCUGAAACCAAAGAACUUUCAGUUAUACUUACUAAUUUCCUUGGAGAUUUCUUCCAUUAUGAUUCUGGUGAUUUCCAUGAUUAUUUAAAUAACAAACCAAUUGAGAAGAGAUUUUUGAAUGAAGAAACUAAUCAUUAUUCCAAUGAAAUCAUUUCCAACUUAAACACUGUAUUCGGUAAUUAUAUCAACUUGUUCAUAAAGAAAAUUGUACCUGUAGAAUACAAUAUUCCUUUAAUUCUUGAUUAUUUGGAAAAAUUGACUACUUUAAAUAAUCAAGAAUUCUUUGUGAUGAAUUUCUUGAAGAAAUUAAUGGAAAAGUUCAAAAAUCUUUGGUCGAAAUUCAUUAAGAAUUUGAUUGAUGCCAUAAACAAAUCUGUUAUUCAUGGUAAGAGUGGUAUCUUACCUUCCAUUAAGAAUAUCAAUCAAUUAUUCCAUCUUUUGGAAAGUGUCUUGGAUAAGAAUCAUCUCGAAAAUGAAAGUGUUAAUUCACUUUUAAAUAAAUCAUAUAAGGACAUCAUUGAUAGUUGUAUCAAUUUGUUCACCCGAGAUGAUCCUUUAUUAAAGAAUAAUGAAUUUGAUGAAAAGGAAAGAAAUUAUAGAAAUAUCUCCAUUUUACAAAACAUUUUCAGCAUUUCCGAACAAUUAUCCAUUUAUAAUAAUCCUCGUACCAGUAGAUUCAAAUCACAAAUCGAAGUGGUCUUUAGACAAGUUCAAGAAGUGUAUUUCGGUAGAUUGUUGAGUCAAAAUCUUGGUAAAUUGGUGGAUAUGAUUUCUACUUAUGAGACAUUAUCUGAAACUGUCAGAGCAAAGAAAUAUAGUAAAAAAGUCAUCAGAACAUCAUUGUCCAAUUAUUCCGUUAAGGAUUUGAAUCCUAGAGUUGUACAAAUUCGUAAGAAAUUAGAGAAACAUUUCCUUUCCGGUUCUAGUAUGUUUGAAAGAGACUUAUUGGAUAGAUUGUGGUACGAUAUGGAAAAACAAUUUGUGAAAAUUUUCAGUGAUUUAGAUAAAAUCCUUGAUACUCAUCAUGAUAUUGAUUAUCAUGUUUCUAAACAAGAAAUUCAUUCGAUCUUUAGAUCAGCUACUUAA